UUCAAUUUUGGACAGAGAGAGAUGGAGAAAAUAAUGUAAUAGAAGAACAAGUGGGCCCUGAUACAACAACAGCUGAGAUUAAAAAGUUUAUCCCCAAUUCAAAACAUUUUGUUCGUAUAUUAGCUCAUAACAGUCGUUUUAAUGGACCUCCAAGCCCAUUGAUAUCUUUUGAUACUCCAGAAGGAGUGCCUGGGCCUGUGCAUGGUGUUGAAACUGAACAAUGGGGUUCUUCUGCAAUUUUAUUGAGUUGGAAGCAACCAGAACAAACUAAUGGAGUGCUAACUGGUUAUGAAAUUUCUUAUCAGACAAUGACACCAGAAGGAGUAGGUUUAAUGCAAUAUAGACCUGCAAUUACCAACCCUACCCAGACUAGUGCUAAAAUAGCUGCAUUAAAACCUGGAACUAAUUAUCGAAUUUAUAUAAGAGCUACCACUAAGGCUGGUGCUGGCGAACCAUUCUUUGUUGAACAACAAACAAAACUUCCUCUCCCAGAAGGUACUUUAUUAGAUAAACCAGAGUUUAUUCAUCAACUUGUAGCAACAAACAAUAUCUUUGAUACAGUACGAGUAAUGUGGUCUCCCAAGUUAGAUGGAAAUCCAGGAUCACAUUUCUAUGUGAAAUAUAGGUAUUUCUUAAAUAUUUUAAUGGGACAAGUCCAAUUUACAAAUUUGAAUCUAGUACAUAAUACAAUAAACAUAGUAUUUACAAGUUAUAUCAAUAAUACAAAUAUGUAUAUAUUGAGAAUAAAAUAAUUUAAGUUUUGUGAAUUAUAAUGAGAGGUAAUGUAAGCAUUAGCAGCCUUCAUCAACUGGAUUUUAUGAGAAUUAAUAAUUCAAUCGUUUAUUUCAGAAACCCCAUAAAAGACAAAAAUUGUAAAACAACUUUUUUUGUAUUUUCUUGUAUUCUAUUAGUAGACACAUCGAUUUGUGCACAAAUUUCAUAUGUGCGUCUUAUUUAUGCGGCUAAUCGCACCUUUGGAAUAAUUUGUUUAGAGCAGAAACCCUACAAGUGAUAUCACAAAGGGGAUUUCUGCACUAAAAUAAUUAUCAUUUUUUUCUGUACUUAAGGGGUUUCUGAAACAAAUUAUUGUGAAGUUGAGGAUUGAAGAGUAAUGAUAGACGUAGAGGA